AUGGUCUCCAAGCUUCCCCCACCGGUCUAUACUGAGGAUUGUCCUGGCGCUGUGGAGCGCUUUGUGGUCGUCAGCAUCCUACGAAUUUAUGUCGAUGCUGCUAACUCCCUGGGCCAGACUGCGCUUUUCGUUGCGGCACUAUUAGGCCUUAGAAAGUUAGUUGAUGUUCUGGUGGAUUAUGGAUCAGAUCCAAAUCACCGCUGCUUUGAUGGGAGCACCCCUGUCCAUGCAGCAGCCUUUUCAGGCAAUCAGUGGAUCCUCAGCAAACUGCUGGAUGCAGGGGGUGACCUUUGGCUCCUUGACAAGAAGGGUUGAAACCCACAGACCUGGGCCCUGAGAGCAGGAAGGAGCUCAGCACUGCGCAUCUCUGGUGUGUUGCAGAUGGUGGAGUUCAUGUAGCGCUGCACCUCCCACAUGCAGGCCAUCAUCCAGGGUUUCUCCUGUGACCUCCUGAAGAAGAUUGACUCCCCUUGGCAGCUCAUCUGCAGCCUGCCCCGGUUUGGGGGCCUUGUGCAGGGACAAUCUAAUCGCUCUCCUAACUGACUGCUUAAAGUUGGGGUCAUCUCUGCCCAAAAUAUCCACAGCUUUGGCUUUGAGAAAUUUAUCUCAGGGGGUACACAGCUGGCCUAUCUAGAAUGUCUUUCAAUAAUUGGAGAGAGGGAAGUGAUUCAAGCUGAUGGUGAGCCUACCUUCUCUUUCUUCAGUGGCCCUUACACAGUCAUGACCAACCUGGUGUGGAACAGGAACAGGGUCACAGUGAAGGAGCUAAACCUUCCCACCCACCCGCACUGCCACAGGCUACGGCUCACUGACUUACUAAUUGCUGAGCUGGAGCACAGCAGCAAGCUGCGGCACCCCCACCUGCUGCAGCUGAUGGCUGUGUGCCUGUCUCAGGAGCUGGAGAAGACCCACCUGGUAUAUGAGCGUGUAGCCGUCGGCACACUGUUUGGUGUCCUCCAUGAACAGAAGUCCCAGUUCCCCGUGCUGCACAUGGAGGUGAUAGUGAACCUGCUGCUCCAGAUCGCUGAUGCCCUGAGGUACCUGCAUUCCCGGGGCUUUAUCCACCUCUCCCUCAGCUCCUAUGCCAUCCACGUCGUCUCCACAUGGGAAGCCAGGCUGACCAACCUGGAGUACGUGAUGGGAAGGCCAGACCCUGGGCUGGACUGUGUCAACUGGGCGGCCCCAGAGGUGAUCUUACAAAAGGCAGCCACAGUGAAAUAUGUCUACAGCUUUUCAAUGAUCAUACAGGAAAUUCUAACUUACAACAUACCCUGGAAUGGCUGCUCAGUUAUCAAAGAAGCCAUUGUUUUGGAAAAUUAUUUAGAAGCUGACAUCAGGCUUCCAAAACCUUAUUAUGAUAUUAAGUCAGGCAUCCAGGUCAAGCAGAAAGCAACUAUGAACCUUCUUCAAGACAUCCACUAUAUUCUGAAGAAUGACUUAAAGCUGUCACCUCUUUGUGGCCCUCGAAAACAGAGCAUAGGUGGACACUUUCAGCCCACUGAGGGAGCCAAGGACACUUUGGAAAGAAGUAGGAACCAGAACACCAGCAGCCAGGGAAGGCCUGGAGAGUGCAGCAUCCAAGCCCAAGUUACACAGCUAAAUAGUGGCCUCUUCACUGUGUCGGGCCCCCCGCAGGGACCUUUAGUGUCACUCAGCCCUGGCCAGGGCCCCACCAGGAUCAGUGUGGAAUCUGUAUCUUCUGAAAACUGUAAUACAAAGUCAAGAAAUAAUGAAGAUGAUGGAGAGGUACACUUAAAAUGGAAGACGGAGGUGAAAGAAAUGGCAGAGAAAGCAGCCACUGGGCAGCUGGCAGUACCUCCUUGGCAUCCUCGCAGUAGUGUGACUUUAGAGGCUGAGGCUGAUUCCCUGCUGCAACUGCCCAUUAGGGACCCUGACAAUGUGGAUUGGCAGCGAGCUGUAGAGUAUCCCAGGAAAAAUGAUGAGCCAGGAGGAGAUGGCAAGUGUGACAAAAUGGGCAACAGUGACUGUGACGGUGACCAGCAUGGCAGACAGCCUGGGCCGUGAAGCUUCAGUAGUAAGUUCUCUUGGAAGAAUCAGGGUAGGUUAGCUCUAUCAAGUUAAUGAGAACUCAACAAAAAAUAAACCUGGAAUGUCUCCUUUACUCAGUCUUCUCUCCUCUCCCAUCUGUCUGGAAAUACUGAAUUCCAGGGAAAAACAGCUUAUCGCAGGUAAGGAAAUCCAGAGAAUUCAUGAGUUUUUCUGUUACUGAGUAGACCCAUAUGCUCAAAGGAAGUGAAAUAAUCUCCAUGCAUUGACCCUGGUCCUGGGUCUAACCUGGCAAGGAAUAGAACUCUCCCUCCUUGAGGGUAGUGGUGGAUGCCACUCCUUAUUGCCCAUUUCUUUGUGAAAUUUUAAGCCAAAAAAAACUCCACAUGCUCCCAGAAGAACCUAGAGGUGAGUGAUGUUGACUGUCAUCAUUUUAUAGAUUUGAAGAUUAAAACUGAAGGCUGUAGCA